AUGACAAAAGCACUCAACACGGUGAAGAAACUCUGCCACAAUGUUGAUAUCAUGGUGGAAGUCCGAGAUGCUCGAAUUCCUUUUUCAUCCAUCAACACUGAAGUAGAAAAGUCUUUGGCCAACAAGCCUCGACUUAUUUUGUUACAUCGAAGUGAUCUCAUCUCAAAGCAAGAUCAGCGAGCUCUCCUUGAUUAUUACAAACGAACCAAUGACCACGUUUUACUCACCUCCACCAAAACGAAAAUGAAUAUGAACGCAAUCGUUCCGACUCUGAUGUCUAUCAAGCAAAAGCGAUUUGUCUCUGUGGGAAGCUAUUUCGCGGUUAUGGGAAUACCAAACGUGGGAAAGAGCAGCAUUAUCCGGCACAUCCAAAAAUCCUCGUUGGAUUUCCGAAAGAGUAGCUGUACACGGUAUGGAAUUACCGGCAGAGAAGAGUCCACACGUUGGAGGCGUUCCUGGCAUCACCAAACGCGUUGCUUCGACCAAAGUCCACAACGAUCCGGAUGUUUACAUGAUCGACACGCCUGGAAUCUUUCUGCCGAGCGUCUCCGACCCAGAAGUGGGAAUGAAACUGGCGCUGUGUGGAUCUGUGAAGGACAGUGUUGUGGGUGA